AUGUUUCCAGAAGAGUGGAAGGCGAAAUCGUUUCUGGAAGUUGGGCUGGACUAUCAGAAGAAAGAUUCUAAUUUGAACAAUAAGUUUCAAAAUGCUCUACAAUUGAUGGAUUUCGCAGAUCACACUAAUGAGCCCAUUUUGUUAGUUAUUGCAGACUAUUUAAUUUGGUUCAAUUAUCAAAAUGUUUCUUUAAAAGAAAAUCCAUUUUUGGCUCAUCUUUUUCAUACUUGGUCACAUACGUCUUGUCUUGGCCGGCAAUACCUCUUAGCCAAUAUAUUAUCUGGCAGAAUCAAGCAAUCUAGCUCCAAUUUGGUGAGUAUCCUGACAAUCUCUCCCAUAGAACUCGUUUAUUCAACGACAAAGGAAGAUGUUUUAGAAGAAAAUUCCAUUGUCGAUGAAGGUGAUUUACAACAAUGGCUAGAACAACAAGAACUGUUGCCUGAAAAAACAUCCUCCAAUUCGACCGCUGCUAUUUGGUUAACUGGCACAGAUCGAGCUCUAACUUCAAACGAAGUGCAAAGCUUUUUACAAAGUCAACCGCGUUUUUCUGACAGUGAUGUACCUACAGUUAAACAGAUGGAAACUUUUAUUCUGUUAAAUUUGUCUUAUGCCUCUGAUAUAUUCUCCAAUUUGAUAUACCGGUCAGAACCGAAUUCAAAUCAAAGAUUCCUCAAAAACCUUACAUCUCUUUCGAUAACGGUAUCCAAUAUAGAAGUUUUGAUUCAGAUGUUGCUACAUAACUCUACUUUGGCUUCUUCUAUGACAAGCUCUGGUUCUUUUAUGUACGAACUUUUGUCGUCAUUUACUUCCCAGAUCUCCAAUUGCGACCUGUUUGAAAAAGAGCGAAUUGCUCACAUAGGAAGUAGUUUCUUCCUUAAAGCCCUUGACGUACCUGUGAUAAAAAAUAUACUGAUGUUUGACUUGUAUUUUGACUUGCAAUCAUUCUGUAUGACCGCACUACCUCAAUCGACUGCAUUGUUUCAAAAAUUAAAAGCUAUAAAAUAG